GAAAGAGAAAGAAAGAGAGAGAGAGAGAGAGAGAGCUCAGUGACCCGCAUACACACACGUCCCUUGCUUGCGUCCUCACAUACAGAAAUCUUCCUUUUCCAGCGCACCCUUAUGCAUGUGUGUGUGUGUACGUGUGUGUGUGGGUCACGCGAACUUGCUGGCUGAGGGUGGACUGCUGGGUGGGUCUGGCCGAGGCUGUGGUUGUGGUGGUGGCGGUGGUAACAUAGCCACACCACCACACCACCACCACCACCACCACCACCACUACUACCACCACCACCACACUAUUGUCUGUGUGUGAGACUAUGCAGUGAAGAUGACGAGGACAGGAGGACGCGGCGAGGGAGGCGGCGGCGGCGGUGGCGGAGGAGGAGGUGGAGGAGGAGGAGGGGGAGGGGGAGGGGGCAGCAGUUCUAGCAGUGUAGGAGGAGGAGGAGGAGGAGCACCCAGGCCUCUGAAUGCCGUACAGCUGGAGCAUCCCUCACACACGGGCACGCUCCUGUACGGUCUCAAUGCUCUGAGGUGUAAGGGUCUGCUGCUGGAUGUCACUCUGCUGGCUGGCGGGCAGGCCUUCACGGCGCACCGCGUAGUGCUGGCAUCCUGCAGUGACUACUUCCGCGCCAUGUUCACGGACGAGAUGCGGGAGCGGGGCCAGGCGGAGAUCCGCCUGAACGGUGUGAGCGCCGCGGGCCUGCACUGCCUGCUGGAGUACGCCUACACCAGCAGGCUGUCCCUCAACCUGGCCAACGUGCAGGACGUGCUGGCAGCAGCAGCGCACGUGCAGGUCCUCACUGUGGUGGAGGCGUGCUCCAACUACCUGCAGGCACAGCUGGACCUGGACAACUGUGUGGACGUGGCCACCAUCGCAGAGACGUACUCCCUGCACGGCCUGCGGCGCCGCGUGUACGCCUUCAUGAGCUCACAUCUGCACAAGCUGGGCAAGAUGGCGGACUUCCAGCGGCUGACGGUGGUGCAGCUGCUGCACUUGUUGUCCUGCGACUACCCCGUGGACUGCAGCGAGGGCCAGGUGCUGCUCACCGUGGCGGGCUGGCUGGCGCACUGCCCCGCCGAGCGUGCGCGCCAUGCGCCGGCACUCCUGCGCGCCCUCAAUCUGCACGAGGUGCCCACGCCCGUGCUGGAGCACGCGGCCCGCCUGCCUGGCCUGGCCGAACCCCUGCGUGCUGUGCAGCGGGCCCUGGGGGUGGGGCGCGGGCCCCCGGCGCCCCCCACGGGCCUGGUCAACUCCCGCGGGCUGGAGCUGGCGGUGGUGAAGGUGGGGGGCUUCAGCAUUGGCGGCAUCACCAACGAGAUCACGUACUACCUAGCCUCCGCGGGGCGCUGGCGUCACCUCACCACCAUCCCGCACGUGGAGCAGUGUAACUACGGCACGGCGGUGCUAGCCAACCAGCUGUACGUGAUCGGCGGCUGCUUCAACCAGGCCCUGCAGGAGAACAUCCACCCCUUCGGCUUCCGCUACAACCCGCACCACAACAAGUGGACCACCAUGGCGCCCAUGCACCGCGAGAGGUGCCGCUUCUCCCUCACCGUGCUGGCCGGCCUGCUCUAUGCCGUGGGCGGCGCCAGCGAGGCGGCGGACGACGGCGCCGCGGAGGACGAGAGCCUGUGCGAGGCGUACAACCCCGCCACGGACACCUGGACGCCCGUGGCGGGGCUGGCCGGGGCGCGGGCGCAGCACGGUGCGGCGACGCUGGAGGGGCUGCUGUACGUGGCGGGGGGCCUGGAGGGGGAGCGCGUGCUGGCCUCCUGCUACGCCUACAGCCCCGCCGCCGCUGCCUGGCUGCCCCGUGCGCCCAUGCUCACGCCGCGGGCAGACCACGCCUGCGUGACACACGCAGGGCGCCUGUACGUGUGCGGUGGCUGGUACGAGGAGGAGGCGGGCAACACGCGCGUGCUGGCGGACACCGUGGACUGUUAUGAUCCGCGCACGGACACUUGGAGCGUGGUGACGCGCGUGCCCACGCCCCGCUACCACGCCGGCAUCCUGGUGGUGGGCGGCAGGCUGUACGUGGUGGGCGGCUUCCACUCUGACGCCACCUUUGACCGAGCCACGGGCGUCAUCGAGUGUUACGACCUGGAGACGGGCCGCUGGGGCACCGAGCAGCCAUACCCGCAGGACAUCUGGGAGCACGUGUGUGUGCCGCUCUACGUGCCGCGCUGCAGGGACGACAUGGACGUGCUGGCAGAGGCAAAGUAGCACACGCACACGCACACACACGCACACGCACACGCACACUACGGCCUUAGGUGUGGAGUAUGGACGUGACAGUCUCGAGGAAUAAGUGACGUGCAGAGCGAGAGUGCGUGUAGCGGGCGUGUGAGCAUUUCAGGUAGCGGCAGCAGUAAGUGUAGCGCACAACAAACACGGCGAACAGUUGGUGAGGCGAGGGGAGCCGUGCAGCCUGUGAUAUGUCAGUGAGGCGGUGAACACGUUGGACAUUACCUAAACACACUGUAAAUCAUGAACCAUCGUCACUAAAUAAACUUUCUAAUUACAGCCUACGAAUUUGUGAAGUAAGAAGACUGAAAUGGAAGAAAAAAACUGAAAAUUGACACAGUAGAGGAAAAAUUAUGAGAAAAAAAAACGAAAAAAAAAAUGUACACAAGCAGAAAUUUGAAUUAUAUUAAAAUUGAUGAAAAAUAAAUAGAGAUUGAGUCAGGUGAUAAAAAAAAAUAUAUGAAUUGAAUAGUAAUAGUGAUGAUGAAUAACAGACCAAAAAAAAACUAAAUAUGUCAUAAAUAAGAUAUAAUAAUCAAAACAAGAAUGAUAAAGAAGGGAACAAGAGGAAACAGAUAAUAAGAGAAAAUAAAUAAAAGAAAUGUGAUGUGUAUAUAUAUAAAAAAUAAUUUAAUUUAAUUUUAUACGAGAGAGAGAGAGAGAGAGAGAGAGAGAGAGAGAGAAUCAAUAGUAAUUUUAAAUAUGUAAUCGUUUUGUAAUUUUUAUUAAUGAUAAACGAAAUUAAGGUGGCUUUUAAUGAACAUUUUUACGCUGACAAACUUAAAGAAAAUAAGAAAAAAUAGAAUUAAUAAUGAAUUGUUUUUAUUUUCAUACUGGUAUCGUAUAUAUUGUUGUUAUUAUUGUUAUUAUUAUUAUUAUUAUUAUUAUUAUUAUUAUUAUUAUUAUUAUUAUAUUAUUGGUUUUGAAAUGUGUUAUUAGGCUAUUAAAUUUCAGUUAUCAGUAGUAGUAGUAGUAGUAGUAGUAGUAGUAGUAGUAGUAGUAGUAGUAGUUGAAGUAUUGCUAGUAAAUUAUUGGUGUUUUUUAAGUGAACCCGUUGACAAAGCUGAAUAUUUUGUAAACGGAAUUAUAUAUAUUUAAAAAAAAAAGCAACGAUUUAAUUAGUGAUGAAUAAGCAAGUCAAAAAAUUAUAUACUAUGAAAAAAAUAAGUUUAUGUUAUUUAUUUUCUUGUUUUUAUUUUAUUUUAUUUUAUUUUUGUUUAAUUUGGAUCUGUUUGGAUAAUGAUGAUGAUGAUGAUGAUGAUGAUGAUUGUAAUAACGACGCCGUCUUUCAAUGCUUUUGUAAACUCAUUUCAUACUUAAUAUUAUUGCUAUGUGUGUGUAUGUAUGUAUGUAUGUAUGUAUGUGUGUAUGUAUGUAUGUAUGUGUGUGUGUGUGUUUGUGUGUGCAGACAUCUUUCAACAUUACCACCACCACCACCACCACCACCACCACCACCAAUCAUUGCUCCUUUCAUAUGUUAUCAAUACGCAGACAAAUUGAUUGAAAAAGUAGGGUAGUGGUGGUGGUGGUACAUUACUCUCUCUCUCUCUCUCUCUCUCUCUCUCUCUCUCUCUCUCUCUCUCUCUCUCUCUCUCUCUCUCUCUCUCUCUCUCUCUCUCUCUCUCUCUCUCUCAAUCAGUAACUUUUAUGAUAAAUAACUUGUAAAUUUGUUUUGGAGAGAGAGAGAGAGAGAGAUAUUACUGAUAAUCUUAUUUAUUUAUCUCUCUCUCUCUCUCUCUCUCUCUCUCUCUCUCUCUCUCUCUCUCUCUCUCUCUCUCUCUCUCUCUCUCUCUCUCUCUCUCUCUCUCUCUCUCUCUCUCUCUCUCUCUCUCACACACACACACACACACACACACACACACACACACACACACACACACACACACACACACACAGCCAGUGCCUUUGUGUACGUUUGUGUACGCAUUAACCGCUGCCCAAGUUGUGUGUACGUACUUGCAUUGUGUACGUAUCUAUGUAAGUGUGUAUGUACGUGCGUUCGUUGGUUCACGUACGUUCAUGUCUGUGUGCGGGAAUAAACCUUUUUGCAAUUUGUU